CCCCUGUACGAUUGAGUUUGACACCCCUCAUAUAAGGUGAACUGAGUGGGGUUAUUUUGGUGUGGUGGUAGGUAGGGGCCGUUCUGAUCCACACUCCAGUCUGGAAGGUGGCGGUAAUGCACGUAAAGCUGGUUGCCAACCGCCAUUAAUAACAGCUAAAGAAGAAGAAAAGGCGCUUUUAUGUUGGUUUCAGUAGGAGAAACAGCUUCAAGAAACCCACAUGCUGAAUUGAGCACAGUCAUGGUGGUGAAGAAAAAGGCAGCCAAAGUAGAGGCUGUGGUGUUGGAUGAGGAGAAACUGCACAAGCUGAUAGUGUCCCUUUCUGUUGAUGAUGGAGAUGAUGGAAUCAGGGAACUUGCCCAGACUCUGCAGUCCUGUCUGAAACUGGCAGAGCCAGUGCAGCAGAUCCAGCUGGUUAAAAAGUGUGUGUCCAUACUGCUUCAGGCAGGGUCCCAGCUGGAGGCCCUGAGGGAACAGCAGUCUGAUGGAGCUCUUCUAGAAGCCUGUCUUCACACCCUGGUUCUAGUCUACAUCUCUCUGCAGGCCAGGAACCCCCUACGACGGUCUAUCGCUAGUGCCUUGGGUUCAGUACCAGCCUGGCUUUAUGAGCAGACUGUAGACUGUUUGUGUACUUGUUUGUCUGACUGUUUGUCCAACCUGGCUUCAGACAAACUUCCACACACCGUAGACACCAUCGCUGCAUGUCUGGAUGGCUUCCCUCUCGGUGAAAGAUGCAUUAACAAACUGCUGCCAGAAGUGCUGCAGUUCCUUCACAAGGGACUGAGUGAAUACCUUCAUCAGAACAGUUGUCUAGCAGGGUGUCAUGUAGCCCAGGCCCAGCUGAUGCAGUCCUGCCUGAUGGCGGUGAAGACCUCCAUGCUGGUAGUCCAGAAAUCCGAAGAGAUCAUCAGCGCUGCUCUGCAGGGUGACCAGGAUCAAUGCAAGCAGGAGGACACUCUAAGCAGCCUCAUGAACUGCUACGUACACAUCCUCACUGAUGAGGACUUCAUCCAGUCAGUCCAGAGUAUGGCCGGCAUGGCUGUAGUUCUGUUGAUCAGGUCCGUCAUGGGUUAUGGAGAUGAAGUUGCUUCUGUGGUGUGCUGUCUACUGCGGAGCUCAGCUCAAGUUUUGGACUCAGCUCCUCAGUGGUUAAAGCAGAGCUGUGAGGGUUUGUAUAGCAGUGGUCACCCGCCGGGUGUCUCUUUGUAUCUGUGUCAUGGGGCUUUGGCUAUGUUGAGCUGGAAGGGCACUCUCCCAGGGCCGCAGUGGGAAGAACUGCUGCUGCUGGUCCCAAACACGCUGCUGGAGCUGGAUGUCAGUAUAAAGGAGUCCAGUACAGCCAUGGUGGUGGCUCGGGUGCUAACCUUGUGGAGUGAUGCUGCUCUGGCCUGCCUACAGGGAGAGGACCAGCGCUGCCCUCCCAGCCUCCAGCAGUCUCUCAGUGGAGGAUCCAAGCUGCAAGAACACCUCUUGGAGCACAUCUACUCCCACUGGGAGCACCCACUAGACGGAGUCCGCCACCAAACCCGCUCCCUGUUCCGCAACCUCCUCCUUCUCCAUCAACACACCAACUCCUCCACUUCUGACCCCUUCAAGGACCCUUACAUCACAGAACUCACCAAAAGCCUAUUGGGAUUGGAGUGGCACAUGAGGGGAAAGUAUGGAUCGUUGGGCUGCCUGGUGGAGCUCUACGGGGCAGGGUACCUGCUUAACCUCCAGCCCCAGCUGCCUUCAUGUCUCCUGGGCUUGAUGGGAGAUCAAACCCUGGCUCCUUAUGCCAGUGACCUGCUGGAGAGGCUGUUUGUCAGCCACAAGGCACAGCUGGUGAGUGACACUGGGGCUGCAGGAAAGACAGAGGACUGGCUUGAAAGUUGGCACCAGACGUGGGUAACCCCCCUGCUACAGGUGCUGUGUAGUGCCAGACUGGACCAGACCACGUACAUCUUGGAUUACUUCCUGCCCAAGCUGCUCCACUGCAGCCCCUGCAGUCUGGCUCACAUGGUGCAGGGGCUACAGGACACAAUGCCCUGCAGCUCAGGACCUACAGGCAGCAGGGGUGCACUGGGAGCUCUGAUGACAUGUUUGCGAGCAGCCAGGGCCCAGGGUGUUGUUUCAUCCACAGAGGAGGGUCUGUGGGGAGGUCUAGUGCCCCUCUCCCUGCUCCAGCAAGCCUUGAUUCAUAAACAUGAUCAAGUGAGAAUGGACGCUUUGGGGUUUGUGUGUGUGAGUCACCGCAGCACUGAGCUUGUGGUGUCACAGGAAAUUGACCUUAUUUGCUACUUCCUGCUGCCCAACCUGAACAACCAGUCACCAGGGGUCAGACAGCAGACUGUCAGCCUGCUGAAGAAGUUGCUCUGUAGAGUGAAGGACAGCACUCAGCUGCUACAGAAGAGAGUGGUCCAGGAGAGAGACCAGGAGCAGAGGGAGAGAGACCAACACACACUGGAUCAGUACAAGGUGUUCCUGCGGGGGCUUUGUGUGAGGCUGCUGGAGGUUUUGCUUCCUGGAGCUUCGUUCUCUAAAUGCCUCAUGUCUCUCCACCUGCUGUGUCUGCUGGGCCAGUUCUUCACCUUCACAACCGGGCCUGAUUUGUUUGCCCUUGGUGAAGUUGUGACCUCUGAACAUGCUCAGAAUGUCCUCUACUGUGUUGCCAGCAACUUCCUGGAAGUCAAACAGCUGGCGGCAACAUUACUACGGCAACUCCCUCCAACAGCUGUGGGACUACAGGUGCCAGAGAGGAUGCUUGGUGUCCUUCAGGCUGCUCUGGACCUCAGUAUGAGCACUAAACCAUUUAACAGUGUUACAGCAGCCCAUCUCCUCAACCUGCUGCUGCACCUGCCAGACUUGAGCCAGGCUCUGCUACUAUGUGCACAGGAGCAAGGUCUGGAUUUCCAGCCUCCAUCCCCACCACCCCAGACAUCUGAGGCACUCAUCUUGGAGCACAACACUCUGGCUGUGGUGCAGUUCCUGCUGCGCUGUCUGCAGUCAGAGGUGUUGAGAGCUGAGUCGUCUCUCUUACAGGCAGCUGCUUCCUAUCCUCUAUAUGGCAGAGCUCACUGCAUCACAGCUGUACUGCAGCAUCUAAACACUGUGAGUUUGCGCCAGACUGAGCAGUGGAGAUGUCUGGUGUCAGAGCUGAUUGCUGUGUGCUACAGAAUGUCUGAUGUGGUCUCCCCUGUGGUCCAGAGCUCCUCCCCAGAAGGACUCAUCCCCAUAGAUACUGACUCAGGUCUGCAGAAGAUCCUUAAGGAGAUCCAGCCCAAGGACAACAAUGAUUUCUUCACCAGUGCUAGAGAGCUGGACACACACCAAGGAGAUGAUCACACACAGUGUCAGACCACACCUGUGCCAUUACUGGACACUGGCGAUGAGGGCUACAGGGUGACAGCCCAGAUGGUGCUGGUAUGUUGCUGGCGGAGCAUGAAGGAAGUGGCCAUGCUGCUGGGAGAACUGUGUCAGAGCCUGCCUCUGCACUACACCAACGACAACAUGCACACACACCCUGGGCUCAUCACAGAGGAACAGGUGGAGGAGAUAGGCCUGUAUUUCCGUCAGCAGCUCCUGCAGUCCCGCCACCGUGGUGCCUUUGAAUUGGCUUAUGUGGGCUUUGUACGGGUCACUGACAUGCUGUGCAGGAGUGGGAGUCGGGCCCUGCAGCAGCUUCCUGCCUGCUGGCUGUCUGAGGUUCUGGAGGAGCUCAAGUCCAGUGACCCCUCUUCCAAGCUGUGUGCCACACGGCGCAGUGCUGGAAUUCCCUUCUACAUCCAGGCUCUGCUCUCCUCUGAGCCAAAGUUGUCAAGUUGCAGUCUUCUGAAGAUGACCAUGAGAGAGCUGAUAUCCCUGGCCAUGCCGUCUGCUGACAGGAGCACAAGCAGCUCCACCGUCCCUCAGGUCCAUGCUCUGAACAUCCUUAGGGCUCUUUACAGGGACACCCGUCUGGGGGAAAACAUCAUCCCCUUUGUCUCAGAUGGAGUGCAGGCUGCUGUCCUGGGCUUCACCUCCCCUGUCUGGGCAGUGAGGAACGCCUCCACUCUUCUCUUUAGCACACUGAUCACAAGGAUUUUCGGCGUGAAGAAAGGAAAGGAUGAACACUCAAAAAAAAACAGGAUGACGGGCCGAGAGUUUUUCACUCGCUUUCCACCUCUCCAUCCAUUCCUUCUGUACCAGCUGGAGGAGGCUGCUGCCACAGUGGAAAGUGACAGUGGUCAGGUGAAGCUACACCCCAGUCUGUUCUUGCUGCUGCUGGUACUCAGUCGACUCUACCCUUCACCCAUGGAUGGAUCUUCCUCACCUCUGGGACUUGCCCCUUUCAUGCCCUUCAUUAUUAGAUGUGGGCGUUCAGCAGUGUAUCGGACCAGAGAAAUGGCGGCUCGGGCCCUCGUCCCCUUUGUGCUGGUCACCCAGGUCCCGUCUACAGUCCAUUCUUUACUACAAGAGCUUCCUCCAAAGCCAGGACCCAAAAUCCAACACAACCACAUCCAUGGGUCUCUGCUACAGGUGCUGUUUCUGCUGCGCUCCUACCAAGCCGACUCACACAGACCCCUGCCAGCAGGAAAUGGCAUCGGAGAAGCCCUCCGUCGGCGCAUGUGGCUUGCUUCUCGACAGAAUAGCUGUGUGGUGACCAGAGGAGCCUUUCUGGAUGUGUUGGUGUGCUUGUGUGGGCCAAAGAUCAGCCUCCUGGAAGAUUCAGAGGUCAGUGAGCUCCGUCAGAACGUUCUACCCGUCCUGACAUCCUCAGAUCUGUUCACCUCCGACACUUCUGCUGCCACACUGGCACCCGGCAGCACCCAGUUCCUGCUCAGUUUGGCCCGGGUGGCCCUCAGUGCUAGUGUGGAGAUCCCUGAACUCUGGGGGGACCCUCAACUGUCAAACCGGCUCCUGCAGUGUCUACUGCAGUGCCCACUGUACGAGGUGAGGGAGCUGUCAGUGAAUGGGGUUCUGAGGAGACUGGAAGAGGAGGAAAAGAGGAGGAGGCCUCAGUGGUUGGAUGAGCCCACCCUGUCUAACCUGAUCAGGCUGGCUUUUCAUGAGAAACACCCCCAGUGUUUGGCCAAGGUUCUUCGGGUGCUGUGUGUGUUAGGCUCCAGUGGUGAGCUUCUGUGGAGGCAUGGUACUAAGGUUUUGUCCCAGGAGGAGGUCCUGCAGCAUCUCAUCACUCUGGCUCAAAGUUGUGUUCACAGUGUGGAGCUCCACUGUGCUGCCCUGAUGCUGGUCUCUCAGCUGGUGGUUCAGCUGCUGAGCUCUGACCUGAAGGAGGUUAGUUCAGUGUCUUGUUUAGCUCAGUGGGGGGUGAUGAUGCACUCGUGCUGCAGCAAGGAGCAGCCAGUGGAGGUGAAGCUGAUGGCCACCAAGGUGCUGGUCAACUGUACACACACUCUACUGACCAGCCCUCAUCUGCCCCUGGGUCUGCCCACUACACUUUCUCUGUGGAGGAGUCUGUUCACUUUGCUCCAGGAUGAAGACCAGGAUGUCCGAGAUUCAGCCUCAGACUUCAUCUCUAAUGUACCAGCAGGUCUGCUAAGUAAAGAUGUUGCAGGUGUGUCUGUAUGUCCUCCAGUAGCUCUGGACUGGGGCGUGGGCCUCCUGUGUCAGCUGUUUGAGCUGUGGGGGCAGGUACCCACAGGCAUCUUCGCUCUGACAGAGUGGCUGCUGGGAGAGGAAGAAGCCGACGAUGAAGCAGUUGCAGAUGAGGCUUCGAGUGUUGACGAAGAGGACUUCCUGUUCAAGAAGGGGGAUCUGAAUCUGUGGGCUGAGCCAGGCCAGUGGUUGAAGCUGCUUCACAGAAAACUCACCUCCCUCAUCCUGACCUUCAAGCAGACUCAGCAGCCAGGGCCCUUAGAGCCGGACCAGGUCCACCGAAUCAGCGUAUUGUCCAGUCAGGCGCGAGACAAGUCCCUCAGCUCUCAGCAGGGCCUGGCCUCCCUGCCUGCCCUGUCCCAGUUCUCCUGCACCAUGGAGCAUGCCCAGCUGACACUGCGGCUGCAGAGGGCCACACUGGCCCUGGAUGUGCUAGAGAGGCUGUGGAAUUAGCAAAAUUUGGUUCUAGUAGCACCUUUUUUGUUUUGUUUUUUGUAUUUUAGGGAAAGUUCCUCGAAAAUCAAGAUUUUUCAUGACCAGCUUCAGUGAAGUAACGUGAGAUCACAGGCUGGCAUUUUAUUAUCAAAUCAAUAGGAAUUUUUUUUACUCUGUACUUUUAUUUUAUCUUGCACAUUGUCCUCACUGAUCACCAUGUGUUCAGUUGUUAAUGCUUCUGUUCCUUGUUUUAAUUAAAUAUCUGAAAUUACGACCUUUUCGAUUCCAGUGUUCAGUGUUUCUUGAAAGAAAAGACAAAGAUGAAUGUCUCACUUCUUUAAUGUUAUUCAGGAGCAGGAAAGAAAAACUAGCAGCAAUAAUAUCAGUAUUGUGUGAAUAUGUCUGGGGAAGCCAUAACAAUAAUUCACGCCAAACUGUGCACAACAACACUUGAUGCACUGUUCUCAUCAGAGGGCCUCUGUUGCGUGACAAACGUCAGCUACUGGGUAAACAGACUGUUCUGCUUCCUCCAUGUCUACCGGGGAUUUAAGGCUGGAACAGAAAAACUUAGCACCUAAACCUUCAAGCACUAACUAUCAGUGGUGUGACUGUGGUGCCCGCUGAGCUUCAUGACCAAGGCACGGGAUUGUGAAAGCAAAUGUUUGCACUGACACCUCACCAAAGUUGUAUUUCAUUGUAUGUUUAGAGUUCUACUGUGUGUUUACACAAGGUGUUAUUUUCCUUUGAUAUUUAAUUGGCUGCAUGAUUCUUCCCAUCGGACUGUUUUUAUGCUUCCCUCUAAUUUUCCUGGUUAUGUAAUUGAGAGGACCUCACAAUGGACUACUGUCCUCCGUGUGUGUGUGAGGACUCAUGCUGCCCUCAUACAACUGGGCCCUCCUCCCUCUGCUGGUAGCCAUGUUCCCUAUUACAGUAAAACUGACGUCAGCUCAAUAGCCCCCAACAUAAACAGAGCUAUAUGAUGGGAGAGUGGUUUCUGCGGACUAGGACGUGUUCAAGGGAUUUCUUAAGAGCCCCACCGUGUCUGUCCUUCACAUUAGAACUAUUUAUCACAACUUGCAAAGACCAAAUAGUCCUGGGACAGCCCACAGCCUAAUUUUAGGUUUGGUAGUAGAAGAUUCCAAACUCUUAUGUCACUUGUUUUUUGCCCGUUACUAUUUUCCUUUUUUUUUUCUCCAACCAAACCGUUGAACACUUAAGAGAAUAUUGACUCAUGUCACACAAAGAAAAAACACUUUCAUAACCACUCUUCCAAUUAUGAUCCUGUAUGGAAAAGACUUAAUUGUUACCAGUGUUGCAUAAACCAGCAAUUUCUGGUGAUGUUUCACAGUUUUUUUUUGUUUGUUUUUUUACUUGAGUAGUUUGCCAUUUUCAUGUGAAUGUUGUUGCUUCCUGGAAAGGUUUCAUGCUAAGACAGGGGCAGCUUAUUCUAACCGCACUGCACUCUCUGGAC